AUGACGAGAUCCUGUGCGACUCUCCCUUUUACUCUAUCAGACACCCUUCUAUCACAAACCACCACACUCUUCUUCACCUCUCUGUCACGCCCUCUGUUCCUCUGUACAAUCCACCCUCCGCACUCUACUUUACCUCUCUACCACGUACUCUGUCCAAUCCACCCUCCGCACUCUCUUCUUCACCUCUCUACCACACCCUCUGUUACUCUGUCCAAUCCACCCUCCGCAUUCUCUUCUUUACCUCUCUACCACCCCUCUGUUACUCUGUCCAAUCCACCCUCCGCAUUCUCUUCUUUACCUCUCUACCACCCCUCUGUUACUCUGUCCAAUCCACCCUCCGCAUUCUCUUCUUUACCUCUCUACCACCCCUCUGUUACUCUGUCCAAUCCACCCUCCGCAUUCUCUUCUUUACCUCUCUACCACCCCUCUGUUACUCUGUCCAAGCCACCCUCCGCAUUCUCUUCUUUACCUCUCUACCACGCCUCUGUUACUCUGUCCAAUCCACCCUCCGCAUUCUCUUCUUUACCUCUCUACCACCCCUCUGUUACUCUGUCCAAUCCACCCUCCGCAUUCUCUUCUUUACCUCUCUACCACCCCUCUGUUACUCUGUCCAAUCCACCCUCCGCAUUAUACCACACCCUCUGUUACUCUGUCCAAUCCACCCUCCGCACUCUCUUCUUCACCUCUCUACCACACCCUCUGUUACUCUGUACAAUCCACCCUCCGCAUUAUACCACCCCUCUGUUACUCUGUCCAAUCCACCCUCCGCAUUCUCUUCUUUACCUCUCUACCACCCCUCUGUUACUCUGUCCAAUCCACCCUCUGCAUUCUCUUCUUCACCUCUCUACCACCCCUCUGUUACUCUGUCCAAUCCACCCUCCGCAUUAUACCACACCCUCUGUUACUCUGUCCAAUCCACCCUCCGCACUCUCUUCUUCACCUCUCUACCACACCCUCUGUUACUCUGUACAAUCCACCCUCCGCAUUAUACCACCCCUCUGUUACUCUGUCCAAUCCACCCUCCGCAUUCUCUUCUUUACCUCUCUACCACCCCUCUGUUACUCUGUCCAAUCCACCCUCUGCAUUCUCUUCUUCACCUCUCUACCACGCCUCUGUUACUCUGUCCAAUCCACCCUCCGCAUUCUCUUCUUUACCUCUCUACCACCCCUCUGUUACUCUGUCCAAUCCACCCUCCGCAUUCUCUUCUUUACCUCUCUACCACGCCUACUACUCUGUUACUCUGUACAUAGUUAUUUAUGUAGCACGUUAUUUUGUGUGAAGUUUAAUGGCAAGAAGAACAUCUGUGUGUUCAGAUCUUUGCACUUUUUGAUACUAAAAUCUAUUUAAAAGCGUAUUUAUCUAAAGUAAGCAAAUAGAUAAAGACUAAAAUGUUUGGUAACCUUAAAGGUACAAUUUGCUGAAUCUAUUAUCAUUAUUAUUAAUAUGUUAUUUAAAGUUACAUAAACUAACUUGUGUUCUCAUGUUUUUACUCAGGUGCUGAUAUACUCGCUUCUCCAGUUAGUUUAUCUCUUUUAUUUGCAAUAAUAAAUCAAUUUGACCAGCGCACUUUUAAUUUAACUGUUAUUUGUAUCACACAGAAAACCACGCCAAGGCGUGUGGGGUAACGAGGCGAUAUAUAAAGCUUUAAUCUAAUAACAGAUUCGCUUUAUAGCCAUGGCCUUUACAGGUAAACUUUUUUUAGAGUGGCUUAAAUAAUACUAACUUUAAUUCCCUGUAAACAAGAUCAGACAGGAACCGACCGUGAUGAGUUUGUGUACGUUUACUUCAGCUUCCUCGUAUGAACCACACGUUACGCAUGUAUGAUCAUGUAAAGGAAUAAACGCAUCG